AUGGUCGAAUCAGCAUCUUCCCCAAUGCUCAGCAUCGACGUGGAGUUCUCUGGCGGGCUGGAGAUGCUCUUUUCGAAUAAACGACAGCACGCUCUGUCGAUUCCCGCGGUAGGCCAAGAUGGGAAACCCGCCGACAUCGCGUACUUGAUAAACUACCUAUGUCAGAACGUCAUGGACGAUUCUCGCAAGGACCUCUUCGUUCUAGACAGCCAUCUUCGACCGGGCAUCCUAGUUCUCAUCAACGAUGCCGACUGGGAGCUCGAAGGCGAGGAGGCCUACGAGAUACAGAGCGGUGACAACAUCUUGUUUGUCUCGACUCUGCAUGGAGGUUAG